CGCUUAUUGCACCGACUUCAUGCCUCAGACCCGACAGCUGCCUCAGACCUCCGAACCUCAUGUACCUCAUCCCACCGUUGGAAAGUCUCGCAAAUCCGCCAGGCUUCACUUUCCGCGAUUUGACACGUUAUCUCGAUGUCACAAUCAAUUUUUUUUCAGCCCGUCGUUAUUCACCCGUUGAUCUUCGCGCCCUCGUCUGUGUUUACCCUCCCACAAUUCACGCCAUGGCCCGAUGA